GCAACGUCCAGAACUUCAUCUCGCAUCUACUAUCGCUAAGAAAGAAGAGGCUAUUUCCAUCUUUUUUGCUAUUCUUCUUUUGUCAACAUGUGCGACUUCGUGCCUCUUCCGAUCGUGUGCUUCCAGUGUGGAACUGACCAGAACCCAUGUCAUUGUAAGGUCAUUGGACCUACUAUCGGCUUCGUAGUCACAGUGGGCAUGGCUAUCUUCUGUUGGCCUGCGUCACUGCUCUGCUGCUGCUGCGCAACUGAUACGGGAAAGAGCGUAUUGGCCCUGCCCGUGGACACGGGCAACUCAAUCAGUAAUGCGAUACCUAUAUGACGAGCCUCAAGCGAUACAACAUAGCAUAUGCGACUUUCCUAAACUACAAAUUCUUCACCAACACCUACUUUGCACAUAAUAUCACCUUUGGCCGAGCAAGAGUUGGAAGACUGGUGAGGCGCUGGGGACUUGAACAUGAUACCCACCAGCAACUGGAGACCUAACCAAACUAAUAUAUACGUACACGAUUUCAACUUUCUUUUGGUGACAUAUAUGGUGAGGCAUGAUACACUUCCCGUGGUCUGCUCGGCUAGGCACACCGUACCACGUCAACACGUCAGGACGCGUUGCUCUCACUUACUCACCUUCACUUUGAGACCUAACGUUGACAAGCGAAA